UGUCGCCUAGAUAGUUACUCUUGGUGCUCAUCCUCAGCCUUGCGGCACACCAGAUACACUCGCGCCCAGCAGCGCACGACGGUGAUCUUGCGACCGUGUUUUCUAGGAAACGCUGCCUCAGCGCAGUUCCGCGACCCGGUCGUCUUCCCAUUCUUUUCCACGCAUACACAUCAGAUGGCUCCUGUCGCUGCUGUGAUGCUCUCAGCUGCGGCUGUGGCGGUGCCAAUGGCGGGCGCCUUCGUCGUAAACCCUACAACAAGGUCGGCGUUCACUAGGCAAAGUUGGGGAGCGAUGCGAGCGCGCCCCCACUACCCCAGCAGCAGCAGCAGCAGCAGCAGCAGCAGCUGCAAUAGCUGUCGACAGCAGACUCUACGCCGGCACACGCACGCCAACCUGCGGUGCACGGCCACAACAACCGCGGAGGGGAACACCGCCGCCACGGCAGCGGUGGCGGCCGACCAGCACGCGCUGGACCCCACCCUCCACGACGAGGAGGACGCCGCCGAGGUGGACCACUUCCGGGAUUUCGCGUACCCGCAGAACAAGGCGCGAUGGAAGAAGAACACGAAGCAGAUCGCCACCUUGGGCCCGGCGUCCUGCACGGAGGAGCAGAUCGAGGCUCUCUUCCUCGCCGGCGUGGACGUCUUCCGGCUAAACUUUUCGCACGGCGACCACGACCAGAAGGGCGAGGUGACAACCCUAGCUAACGCUUACGCUCUCUCCCUAUUUUUGCUCGUGCUUUCAGAACGUUAG